CAACCCAGAGCUCCUCACGCCACCGGAAACUACCCAAGGUUCUCCCAGCACGCAUCACUUUUCCAUGCUUUGUAAAAAACAAACAGAAACAAUGCACAGAAAGCAAACCACGGGCAACACACAUCUCACUCAAGUCGAAAGACCAAGACCCAUUACAGCACUAGGGCAUUACGUAAGAAAAGUAGAGUUGAACAGGAAGAGGGAUUUCACCAAAGGACACACCAGAGCUCUCGCCGCACGCCUCAGGGAAAGGAUGAAAAAAAAAAUAGCUGCACAACAGCUGACCCAGAAGAUUCCGCCCCACCACUUUCACAUCCCCCUCCCGGCCCUCGCAGCCAGCCACCCCAGAACACACCGCCGGACCAGGAUCUCCACCAACCGCCCCACACACAGACAAGGCACUUGCUCCCAGACCACAAAAACCAAUAGCCAAAAGUGAAAGCCACAGACAAAAUCUCUCGGCAACAGGAAAGCGAGGAAGGGAAAGAUGCCACACCACAUAAAGCCGGCACCGUGGCUGCACACAGACCACUGCCACCACCCGCACCACCACCGAGCCCCACCAGGCUCCUGCCCAGCACAACGCGAGUCCCACCAUGGCUGUGCCUGCAAGCCCACAGCACCCACGGGGGUACGGCAUCCUGCUGCUCACGCUCCUUCUGAAAGCUCUCGCCACCACCGCCUCCGCCUGCAACCACCUUCGCCCCCAGGAUGCCACCUUCUCUCACGACAGCCUCCAGCUCCUCCGGGACAUGGCUCCCACACUACCCCAGCUGUGCCCACAGCACAACGCGUCUUGCUCCUUCAACGACACCAUCCUGGACACCAGCAACACCCGGCAAGCCGACAAAACCACCCACGACAUCCUUCAGCACCUCUUCACAAUCCUCAGCAGCCCCAGCACUCCAGCCCACUGGAACGACAGCCAACGCCAAAGCCUCCUCAACCGGAUCCACCGCUACACCCAGCACCUCGAGCAAUGCUUGGACAGCAGCGACACGCGCUCCCAGAAGCGAUGGCCUCGCAACCUUCACCUCGCCAUCAAAAAACACUUCAGCUGCCUCCACACCUUCCUCCAAGACAACGAUUACAGCGCCUGCGCCUGGGAACACGUCCGCCUGCAAGCUCGUGCCUGGUUCCUGCACAUCCACAACCUCACAGGCAACACGCGCACUUAGCCCCAAACGCACCUCCCACCCUUGUCCUAUUUAUCUAUUUAUUCAACUAUUUAUACAAACGCCUAUUUAUUCUUCUAUUUAUUCUUCUAUUUAUUCAGACAAAAUAAAGCUCUCCUUUUCAACACUGCCUGCGAGUGCCUCCUUUCGCUCAAUCACAGAAGCCCCUUUCGGGGGCAACCAAACCUGGGAUUCUCACACACAGCUCCGAAAACUCUGCUACCCGCUUACGUCUUGCGUAGUCCUGGCAGGGGGAGGGAGGUCCACGAGUUCGGCACAAAAAGCAGCCAAAGCAGGGACACCUGCAGCGGGCGGCAGGACCGUCCGGUUUUGGCUAACAAGGUUGAACAAAUCAGCUGAUAAUCAGUUUCAGCACAGAAGCUUGACGGCCACAGCGGUACCGCAGUGACGGGUUUUGCUUCGUUAAUGUGAAAUUAGCCCUACAGGUAACUCACGUCUCGAGUGCCAUGAUCAAGAACACAAAGGCGGCGUACCACUGCAGUAGAUGACUCUUCACGCAAAUCCUGUCAAACAUCGCCCCACAGGGAGAAACCCACAAGCUUCAGCUUCUAAGGGGAAGCAGAGCUAUCUUGGGGAAGCAGAGAAGAGAAAGGCAGAGAGAAGGAAGGAGACAAGAGAGCUAAGAGACGGGAAGCUACACUCAUCUUACUCCACCAAGACAGGGCACCUUCUUGGCAACCACUCUGCCUCACCCUCUCUCUGGGUGGAGAACACUGGGACAGCAUGGAUUUGGAUACCCCCAUGUCUUCGUUCCAGCUGGGACAGAAUUGUUCUCUUCAGAGCGCCUGCUACGAUGCGGCGUUUUGGUUCUAGGAGAAAAACAAUGCUGGUAACACACCGACGCUUAUUCUUGCCGCCAAGCGGUGCCGCACCGAGCCAAGGCCGUUCUCAGCAAAAGCCCCAAGGAGCUGGGAGGGAGCGGAGUUAGGACUGCUGACUUAAACUGGCCCAAAGGGCUAUCCCCCACCAUACGACAUCAAGCAGGAGGAGUUUUGAGGAGGGUGGGAGUUCAACUCGCUCGCUUGCUCUUCCGCUCCUCACGUGGCUGCAAUGCCGCUCUCCGUCCUAUCAGAAAAGUCACGGCUGUCAGGAAAAGUCCCCGGUGACUGCAAAAACGGAAACAUCGCUCCCCCUUCUAGGAAAAGGAGGAAGGAAGACGCGGGGAACUACAGCCAGGUGAGCCUCACCCCUCUGCCUAGGAAGAUCACGCAGCAGAUCUGCCAGCAACAGAGGGACGAGCAGGUGAUCCGACACAGCCUGCACGGCUUCACCAAGGGCAGAUCGUGCCUGACUAACCGGCUGGCCUCCUGCGAUGGAGUGACCGUAUCGGUGCACAAACGGAAGGCAACCGUUGCCAUCUAUAAGGACUUCUGCAAGGCUUGCACCACAUCCAUAUCACUAAAUCGGAGAGGCGUGGGUUCAAAGGCUGGACUACUCGCUGGAUGAGGAAUUGGUUGCAUGGUCGCGGCCUCAGGGCUGCCGUCAAUGGCUCUACGCCCAGGUGGAGGCCGGACACAAGUGGUGCCCCCCCAGGCUCCGCCUUGCGGCCACUGCUCCGCAACAUCCUUAUCAACAACACAGGUGAAGGCAUCGACUGCACCCUCAGCAAGUUUGCGCACUUCACGCAUCAAGCUGAGGAGAUUUUGGUGAGAGGCCAGAGCACGGCCACAAGGACAACCAGAGGGCUGGAGCACUUCUCCUACAAAGACAAGCUGAGGGAGCUGUGCCUGCGCGGUCAGGAAAACACAAAGCACCAGGGAGACCACGUUAUAGCCUGCCACUACUUAAAGGGACCUUAUAAACAGGAAGGAAAUCAACGUUCCACACGGGUAGAUAGCGACAGAACACGGCUUUAAAAUAAAAGAGAUUAAGAUCAGACGCCACGGGGAGAUGCAGGUGAGCCACUGGCACAAAAUGCCCAGAGAGAUUCUGGAUCCACCAUUCCCAGGGGUGCUCAAGGCCAGGCUGGAUGCAGCACUGGGAAGCCUGCUCUACAGCUUCAGUUUUGCGGUUGGCAACCGCGCCCGAGGCAGCGAGUGGGAACGAGAUGACCGCCGAGGCCCCUUCCAACCCAAGCCAUUCUAUGACUCAAAGGGGGCCAACGCGACAUCUGGAGUGGGAAACAUAAACACGGACUGAAAUGGCAGGACAAGGGGCGACGGCUUUCAGCUAAAAGAGAGGAGCUUCACAUUAGCCGUUAGCAACAGACUUUGUCCGUUGAGGGGAGGUGGGCCGCAGGAAAACCUCACCCAGAGAACCCGAGGAUGCCCCAGCACGGGAAGCCUCCAACGGCAGGCUGGAUGGGGCUACGGGCAACCCGCUCGAGUGGAAGGCACCCCUGCCGACGGAAAGACGGUUGGAAGCAGAUGGCAUCUGAGGUCCCUUCCAACGCAAACCACCCUCUCAUUCCCUCAACUCCUCCAGUCUC